GAAUUCCAUCACGGGAUUGAUCACUGGAGCUUAUAUAAAGUGCCACGGCAUCACUUCCAUCUCCAAGGAUCUCAACAAUCAUUUUCUCCAUCUUCUUUUACCAUGACGUGCGAGGUGAAUGCUUGUGGCUCCGGGACAGCGAUCGGCGAGGAGGAGGUGGGGCUGAGAAAAGGGCCGUGGAGUGUGGAAGAGGACUUGCUGCUGAUGAAUUACAUUGCUGAUCAUGGAGAAGGCCAAUGGAAUUCAUUGGCCCGUUGCGCAGGGCUGAAAAGAACAGGGAAGAGCUGCCGGCUCCGGUGGCUUAACUAUCUCCGCCCGGACGUCCGGCGUGGUAACAUCACUCCGGAAGAGCAACUCCUCAUCCUCGAACUUCACUCUUGUUGGGGAAACCGGUGGUCGAAGAUAGCGCAGUAUUUACCAGGGAGAACAGACAACGAGAUCAAGAACUACUGGAGGACGAGAGUGCAGAAGCACGCAAAGCAGCUCCGGUGCGACGUCAACAGCAAGCAGUUCGAGGACGUGAUACGUCAGCUGUGGAUGCCCCGGCUGGCCGAGAAAAUCCGGGCGGCGACCUAUUCCUCUGCGCUGGCAAACGCCACCUCCCCGACGGCUCAAGAAUCUCCGGCAGAGGGAAAUUUAGAGCCGGGUCAAGCAACGACUCGGCCGCAGGACUCCAACAGCUCUAAGGACUCGUCGGCUUCCUUGAAUAACUGCACGACGGCGGAGUGGAGCGACGGCUGGGCAGAAUCGCUUCUAAGUGGUGGAGCUUAUGAGGAAUCGACGAUGGCGGACAUGGAGCAGAGCUUAUGGAGCGUGGAGGACAUUUGGUUGCUGCAAGAGCUUUGUUAAAUUAUGGGAAGGAAUUAAAGGAAAGAAUUGCAUAGGAAAGUUUACGAUUUGGUUCUUGAAAUCAAUCUAUGGGUGUCAUUUUGUCUUCGAUUUUUUCCUCUAGAAGGGUGGCAUUGAUUACGACUUAGGAGGCAUUAUUGAACCUCUAACAGGGGAGUUCCAUAAACAAAGACUAAUUGAAAUAGAGACCACUGCUCCUUCCUUGGGAGCCACCUAGUAGUUGCCUCGUCUGUCUGUCA